GACUUUUUGAAGUAUUGAUUUGUUGGUAGAACUGACAUAUGAAAGUUAUUUGUCAUUUGCUAAACACCAAAAUGAGCGAGUUAGUAUGGGGAAUAAAAAACGGUGACUUGGAGCAAGUGAAGGAUAUUAUAGAGAAGAAGGCUGUAAAUGUUAACGAAGAAAUCGAUGGUCGUCCCCCGAUACUCUACGCGGCGGACUACGGUCAAGCCGACGUUAUAGAAUAUUUAAUUACUUUAGGCGCAGAUGUUAAUUCGAAAGAUAAGCACGGGAUCACCGCCAUUCUGGCCGCGAUUUGGGAAGGGCAUAAAGACUGUGUUAAGCUAUUAUUAGAGAGGGGUGCGAGAAGGGACGGUGUAGCACCUGACGGAACGACGUACGUAGACUCGGCUGAAAAUACCGAGAUCAAGCAGAUGCUUCUUGCAUAAACUUCGCUCGACUGCUGUUUAGGGUUAAUUUUAAUUUGUAAUAAGCACUUAAGAGUAUUAAUCUGUCGAUCAGCUUCCUUCCAGUAAUAUUUAAUUUAUAGAAGACAUGUACUUUUAUACAAAUAUAAAAUCAUAAAUAAACA